AGUUCUAACUGUGACUGAGGAUGCAGAAGACACCGGCACCGAGUUUACAGACAGCAUCGAGGAAGAGGCAGCUGUGCACAGAGCGUUUCAGCAGCAGCAGUAGAACAUGAAGGAAGAUACUGCUGACAUCCUGAUGGGCCAUACCAGCUCUCCUGCACCAGUCUCUUCAGCACUGGAAAGGAGCCUGCAAGAGGAGCUGCUCCAUGCAAGAUCUGAGGCUCAGCAGGUUUUGGAACAGAAGAAGAAGCUGGAAGAAGAGCUGCAGGAUCUCAAGAGGCAGAUUGAAGACGCAGGAUUUUCUUCUGUGUCUCACUUCAGGAAGGCCCUGCUGAGCCUGUGUCUAGAAAAUGCAGAGCUCAAGGAACAGAUUGGAGAAGAAACGUUGUCUGAGGGAUGGGAGAAUGAAGACGAGAAAGAGGAUGACAAGGACUUGUGGCCAGAUGUCAGAAAGCUGCAGGAAAAGCUGAGCACAUCAGAGACCGUGAUUGGUCUCCCCAAGGAACCUCUGAUGUGGAACAACCAAGAAGACAAAGGAAUCCUCAAGCCCCAUAUCACUGCUGGCAUGGCUGAGAAGACCAAAGAGAGGCAGAUGGCGAAGGGGCUUCUUCAUAAGGGUGACCCACAAUGUCAUCACCUGCAGUCCCAAGGUGUGGACUCCAGUGCGGUCCACAGCUCCACAGAUACCCAGGUCCAUACCCUCGCGAGAGGGUUUUGGCAACAGUUAAUGGAACCAGCCCAGCACCUUCGCUCAGAACUGACCCAAUGCAGACAACAGUGUCGUGACCUGCAAGAUAAACUCCUGAUUUCGGAGGCUGCCGUGCAGGCCCAGAUGGCGCAGCUAGAACACUAUCAAACCCUGCUCAGUGGACCUGGGGUACAGCAGGAUAACAAACAGGUUCAAGUGGAUCUCCAGGACCUGGGCUAUGAGACCUGUGGGAAAAGUGAAAAUGAAGCCGACAGAGAAGAGGCCACAAGUCCUGAAUGCGAAGAGGACAAUGUCUUCAACGAGAACCCCGAGUCUUGGAAGAAGUUAUUAGGCUCUCCUCCAAAGAAGCUGGUGAAGCAAGAGGCAUUCCUAGGAUGUAGCCAAUACGAUGAUGGUUCUACCCUCCCCUUGCACAUCCGUGGCCUCAAGCUGCAGAGCUCCAGCCGAGCCUUCCAGAACCCGCUAAGUCAUGGGCGCUCCAUGUCCACCACCAGUGACUAUGCCUCUGGAGCUGAGCACCCACUGAAAAUGAAGCAGGACUACACCCUCGGAAGUUCCCCGUCACACAGCAUGACAGAUGAAGAUGAAGGCUGGCAUUCUGACAGCUUAGGGUCCAUCUGUCCCCAAAGCCUUCAGUCCGGCAAAGACCUGGCCAGGCUUUUCCAGAGAGUGUCCCUACUCGAAGCUCACCUAGAUGACACCAAACCAGAGGAUCUAAAGCAGACUGCAUCCAUGGGGAAAUAUGAUUCAUUGGUCCAAGCUCAGGCUCGGGAACUCUCUCAUCUGCGUCAGACCAUCCGUGAGGGACAAGGGGUGAGCCGGAUACUGAGCCAGCACUUCAGCGAUGCCAUCAAGUCCUUCGAAGAGAUCCUGAGAGGCACCGACAUCGACUACUUCCUGGGUCAGACCUUCCGUGAGCACUUGGCACAAGGGAACCAGUUGGUAGGACGAUUGGCCCGGAAACUAAGCAACAGAAGUGGUCUAAACAUGGAGGACAAAUCUGGUCAUGAACUGCUUGCUCUGAGGUUGAGCAAGAAGCUCCAAGAGAAGGACCAAAUUAUCAAGACCCUCCAGGCCAAACUCCAAGGGCCCUCGACGACCCCUUCCAGUAGUCACACCAUAUCCGAGCCACCCAGUUCUGGCAGCAGUACUUCCUUCCUCUCUGAUGGCACGGAAGGCUGCUCCGACAUGGAAGAUGUUGGCGAGUGCCAGGACAACCCCGGUGAAGGCCAACCCUACGGUCGCCUAAAUGCAGACCUUGGGCACCAUUCUGAGAAAGCUUCUGCCCCACCAUCCAAUCCAACUCUUGCUGUUCUGCCAGAAUCGGUUCAAAAGAACUUCUCUUUGCCCAAUCCCCUGCAUCCUUCACAGGUUCCAGGUCAGGCUCCCGCAGGCUUCCACCCCGAGUCCCUACCCAAGCCAUCUAACUACCCUUUGGCUCCCGUUGCCUCGAGGUUUGGUUCCUUCCUGCCUGUUGGGUGUCCACCGGCCACUGCGCCGUUCCUUGGCUGCUGUGGGGCGCCGGGCUUCUCAUUGGCCAGCGCACAGCAGGAGUUACAGAUGCUGCAGAAGCAGCUCGGAGAAAGUAUAUCACUUUCGGCACUGUCGCCAGAGAAACCGGAGUUGUCGACGGGCCUCUUUGCGACAGACAGCCCUGCCUUCAGCUCCCAGCAUUGGCCCCAGGCGAAGCAUUGCGUCCCGCCGUCAUUUCCUGUGCAGAGCUCUGCCAACUGGAACAAGAAAGCCGGGGAGGUCCUGGGGGAGACCGGGAAUACGACACACUUCCAGGAGCCUCGGAAGGGACUCGCCUGUGGAAGUCUGCCAUCCUGCUCCUCAGCAUGCCUGCCAGGACUGAGGCCCUCAGAUGCCAGUUUGCUCCAAGAACAUCUGGCCGAGAUCCGGAUCCUUGGCCAGCACUUGGGGGAGUCCAUUUCUACCAAUAAUCGCCUGCGGGAGAAGCUGGAGGCAAGUCUGGUCUCCAUAGCAAAGAGGACCGAGUGGGGGCACCUGCAGGAAGCUCUGCUGGCAUCGCACUCCAAGCUACAGGAUGGAGAGGUGGAGCUGGAACAGCAGCGGGCUGAGCACCAGAGGCUGCGGAAAGAGGUUCAGGACAAGCAGUGCGAUUUCGCACGGCUCCAGGAGGAGUGCCUGGCUCUGCAGGAGGUCAACUCCAGGCUUCAACACAGCGUCGCGUCACUUCAGCGGCAGUGUGAAGAGAAUGAGCUGCUCUUCAAAGCCUUGCAAGCAGAAUUACGUGUUUGUAAAGUUCCCGGGGGACCUCUGCAGAAGUCAGAUGCAGCUUGCCAUAGUGAUGACCGAUCCAAGGGUCCUGCUGCAAAUGUUGGUGGUGGCCUCCUGCAGGAGGUCAAGGGGCUGCAGAGUCAGUUGAUGCACGCUGUACAGGUGAACUGCAUCCUGCGACAGCAGCUGGAACAGCAAUGUGGUCCAGGGGCUGGUACUGCUUUUCAAGGCCGUGGUAUGUCUUCUUCUGCCUACAGAUGGCAGCCCUCUCAAGAUUCACCACCAGUCCGGGAUGUUGGCAUGAACUCUUCCUCUCUCUUCCCACUCAUCCCUUUAUCUCUUCCGGUCCUCCAAGCCAGUCAUGAAACUCAAGGGACACACCGCAGGGAUGACUUGGUGCUGAAAAACGAUACACACAAGAUGGGAGGCCAGGCUGUAAGCCACCUCGACGACUACAGCACCCUCAAACAACAGAUCCUGGAGGGCAAGGUUUUGGUUGGCAAGAUGGCAUCACUCCUAAAGUCUGGCCAAGCACCCUGGGACAGCAGGGUACCAGAGAAAAAUAUGGUCUUCCAUCCAGGAAGUAUCAGGCAACUUCUUGCCAACACGAAUUCCUUGCACCAGAUCUUGGAGAAAGCGGCCUCCCUCCUGUCAUUGUUCUGGAUAGCGGUGCUUCCUGAGCGAUCCGUGAAGGAAGAGAUCCGGGUACUUCAAGCUAAGCUGGUGGAGCAAGAGAGCCGCCUGCAGCAAGCCAGCCACUAUAAGGACAGCAUGGAGAAUUUCCUUCUUGCCCACUUGACCAGGACCCAUGCUGUACUGAAGAAAGCCAGGAAUAACUUGGAGGGCUUGUCGGAGCCGACGACGUUCUCCCCGUUAUGCGAUCAUGUCCUCGCCUGAGCAAGGAAGGAAAUAGAACCAUUCAAGUGCCCAGAGAAGGAAGGAGGAAGAAACCCAGCUACUGGGUUUCUACUGGUUUCCCUUCCACAUGCAGGGAUCAGACAUGGCUUGCUGUUGCUUAGACAUCUGAUUCUUCACCCAGCAAGCUCUGGUUCUACUAACCCAGGAACCAAACCAUCUUCUUGCCUAUCAAUGCCUCCUGCCUUAGUGUACGCCAACUCCGGUACAGACACUUGUGCGCACGGAAACCCCUAAAACAGCCAAGGGGCCACCACCAAGCUGCAUUUUCCACAAUUUCCACACAAGCAGUGGAGUGACUUAGCUGCUAAACCAGGCCGGUGGACCCCCCCCCCCUUUCUCUCCCUUCAGUGCAAUAUUAGAAAUAGACAAUCAAGUAUAGCGUAUUAACAGUAGGACUACAAUGUACCCAGGCCUAGAGACAAGAGGCCUUAACAUGGAUUCUUUGGGAGUGUGAUUUUGGUAGGGGGAAGGAAGACAGCAGGAUUUCCUUUGCUGCUUCUCCCCAAUCUCACCGGACUUUUCAGCUACUCGUUUUUUUGACUUCUGGUGUUUAAUUUAUUUAUUACAAUAGUUGUACGCACCAAAAAAAAAACCUCUUUGCUUUUCCCAAAAAAAAUAACCAAGUUUGCUUAUGAACUAGGCAGUCUAUGCUUCUACUGCCAAGCUAUUUCCAAAAGGCCCUCUUCCCCUCAAUGAGGUUAAUUGUGUUCUGUUUCCUAACCUGGACAGCACAGACUGGCCUGAUCUCAUCUGAUCUCAGAAGCUAAGCAGGGUCAGCCCUGGCUAGUAUUUGGAAGGGAGACCUCCAAGGAAUACCAAGGUCUUGAUAAGCAGGCAGGCAAUGGCAAACCA